AAAAGGAAACCAGACCCACCAGAGUGCAUGUUGAGAAUCUGCAGUGGAGACUGAUCAGCUGUCGCAUCGUUGAGAAACAAUCCUGCGAUUGAAGUGAACGAUCAGAGCCUGAAUGAACCGGGAUUAGAAAGUAAGGUUACUUAUGUUACGCAUCUGAAGUUAUUUCAGUGUUUUUCUUUUGAAAACCAAGGACUACUACUGUUUUCUUCACCAAUCAACAUCAGUUUUUGGGGACAAAAAGAGGAUCUUUCUCCAUGUUUGCAGUGACUCCCUCCAGUCCCACCAGUCUCACAGCGCCGGCUCUGCUCCAGUUCCAGCUCGGCCUCUUUAGGGAGGUGGUUCGAGUCCCUGCUGGCAACCUGAGCUAUCGCCAUGCCAAGAGGCUGGCUGCAGAGAUCAUAGAGCGCAAGGCUCCACACUGCAGCGUGGUGGGCGUCGGGGAGAAGGUUCUGCUGUUCAGACAUCAGUCCGCCUCAGAGCAGCUGCUGCAUCGCCUGACGGACCUCGACGAACUGCAGGAUGGAGACCUCAUCGAGGUCAUCAUCGCAGGAUCAGCGUCAGUGACUGAGAUGAGGACCCGUCCACACACCCUGGUGGUCCAAACGUACCGGACUCCCACUUUCUGCCACCACUGUGGAGAAAUGCUGUGGGGCCUCGUUCGACAGGGAUUAAAAUGUGACGGUUGUGGAUUAGACUUCCAUAAACGUUGUGCCUUCCAGUUGCCCAAUGACUGUAGUCGAGCGCGGCGUCAGGUUAGCACCAGCUUCUCCCUGUUUCCUCCCCGACGACCCCGUACACACUCCCUGUCCAAUCAGGCAGGAGGCAGUCUGGAAGAGAUCAGCAUGUCCAAGCCCUCAUCCAGGCCUCCGUCCUGGGCAGAGCCCCCAGUCUGGCUGGGAAUCGGGUACAGCGACAUGAGCAGGCCUCAGGUCCCUCACACCUUCCACAUCCACAGCUACACCAAACCCACCGUCUGCCAGUACUGCCACCGGCUGCUCAAAGGGCUCUUUAGACAGGGGCUGCAGUGCUCAGACUGCAGGUUUAACUGCCAUCGGCGCUGUGAGCUGCUGGUCCCCAGAGACUGUCCAGGCGAGAGGAGAGGCAUCAACGGUGAAGAAUCCACAGCAGUGGGUCAUAGCUGCCCACCAGACCUAGAGGACAAUGAUUCAGAGCUCACCAGUACGACAACACUAGAAACCUCUGACGACGAGAUGUCCACUGACGGAGACGCCACGACUGACACCAAAGGAGACGAGCAACCGCGAGAGCCGAUGAGUCCGUGUUUCAGCAGCAACAUCCCUCUGAUGAGGCUCGUCCAGUCGGUGCAUCACUCCAAGAGGAGAGCAGGUGGAGUCCUGAGAGAGGGAUGGCUGCUGCAUCACACCAACACUGACACACUGAGGAAACGUCAUUACUGGAUCUUGGACUGGAAGAGCAUCACUCUGUACCAGAACGAGAGCAGCACCAAGUACUACAAGGAGAUCACUCUGUCUGAGGUGCUGCAGGUCCGAGGCCCCGCCCAGCUCUCCGUGCCCUUGUUGCCAGGCAACAACGCCCACUCCUUGGAGGUAGUCACGGCCUCGCUGGUGUACUGCGUGGUGGCCGGCGAGGACGGGCCACCCUGGGAGAGCGCCAUCCGCCAGGCUCUGAUGCCCGUGCAGAGCAGCGGAGGACACGGCGAGGAGAACCAGGAUAAGGAUUUACGCAGAGACAGCGUGGACAUCAGCUCGGUGUAUCAGAUCUUCACAGACGAGGUGCUGGGCUCAGGACAGUUUGGAGUGGUGUACAAAGGUACUCACAGGAAGUCGGGUCGGCCAGUCGCCAUCAAAGUCAUCGACAAGACACGCUUCCCCACCAAACAAGAGAGACAGCUGAGGAACGAAGUGGCCAUCUUGCAGAAUCUGUCCCAUCUCGGUGUGGUUCUGUUGGAGGGGAUGUUUGAGACAGUGGAGUACGUCUUUGUCGUUAUGGAGAAGCUCCAUGGAGACAUGCUGGAGCUAAUUCUGUCCAGUGAGAGAGGCAGACUCCCUGAACGCAACACCCGCUUCCUGGUCACGCAGAUUCUUGAGGCUCUGCGGUAUCUGCACUUCAAACAUAUCGCUCACUGUGACCUUAAACCUGAGAACGUACUGCUGGCCUCUGCCGACCCUUUCCCUCAGGUGAAGCUGUGCGACUUCGGCUUCGCCCGCAUCAUCGGCGAGAAGUCUUUCCGUCGCUCCGUCGUGGGCACGCCGGCCUACUUGGCGCCCGAGGUGAUCAGCAGCAGCGGCUACAACCGCUCUCUGGACAUGUGGUCCGUGGGCGUCAUCAUGUACGUGAGCCUGAGCGGCACGUUCCCCUUCAACGAGGACGAGGACAUCAGGCAGCAGAUCACCAACGCCGCCUUCAUGUACCCACGACAACCAUGGGCCUCCAUCUCACUGGAGGCCGUGAGUCUCAUCAACAACCUGCUGCAGGUGUCGGUCAGACGCAGGUUCAGUGUGGGCAAAACUCUGGGACACCCCUGGCUGCAGGACUUCCAGCUGUGGUGUGACCUCAGGGAGUUUGAGCAGAGGAUGGGCUGCAGGUAUUUGACGCACCGGGGGGACGAGGAGCGCUGGAUACGCUACACCCGGGAGAGAGGCCUGGACUUCCCACCCCACCUCCGCUGGGACCCUGACGACUCUGAUAUGUGAGCCCGGCACAGAGGUUAAAGGUCAGUCUGUACAGGUUAAAAAAAAAAUCCUGAAUUUGGCAAUCAGUAGUGAACCAAAUAUAGUUAUCUCUGCAUUUAUCUGUCUGCUAUUAUACAUGGUUUUCUGUGGUCAAAACAUGUUUGAAUUAAGGUGUUUUGUAGUGAUAAGAAAACAAGCCAAUAAACCCCAUAGCACAAUUAGUCCUACUUGUGUCUAGUAUUAAGAAAAAAAAUAACACAACUGCUGUUUAGUAAUAUACUUUUCCUUUUUUAUUCCAAGUUGAGGUUUUUAAAAUUUAACUGUUAGUGAGUUUUCGUAGCAUCAGUGAUGGACAGAAUGAGUUGAGGGGGGAGAAUGGAGCACAGAUGAAAUUAAAAUAUUAUGCGUGCGGAGGAGUAGACUCGCACUGAUUAUCAUGGCCGACCUGUCAAUGGGACCAAAACCCUAUUUGCUUCGUCACUGACAUAGGCCUGCUAUGGUCCCACAUACAGUAUAGAUUCUUCUUAUUUCGUCCACAACUUUCCUAAUGCCCUGUUGUCUCUCACUGCUCAACACCUCUCUCUGUCUGUCUCUCCUCCAUGAUGUAAAAAAAAAAAGAAAGAAAUCAGGAUUAGAUGGGAUUUUAAAUUUAGCUGAAAUACUUUUCUGGAGAGAGGUGUGUGGGAUCGGUCUUUCUGUCUUCGUUCUUAAGUCCCCAUCCAGCCGUGGCCCUAUAUUUAAUCACAGUGCGUUGCUUUGAGUUGCUCUCUGCAUCUUAUUAUUCAGUGCUUCCAUUUUCCCUCUGUUUUUUCCUGAGCUUAAGGCUUUAAGAUCUUCAGGUUAAAUUUUAGCUUUGCUAACAUUCAGGUUUCACAGUGCUGUGGUGAGUAUUUUCAGUAUCAGACUGGCUUUGUAACAUUGUAGCACCUGACCUGCUUUUUCCUCUGCUGACUGAAAUGUUAACAGGCUCCUAAUGAUUGUGUGUGAUUAAGGAAGAGUCAGAGACUCACAAAGACAGCAUUUCUAAACUUCAACAUAGCAUGCAUCU